AUGACUCGCCUGCUUCUCUCGAUUUCUCUGUGCCUAGCCUUCGUCCACCACGUUGCCUCUUCCGGACCAACGGAAGGGUUCGUGUCUCUUCCAUUGAAUCGAUCCAACUUCGAUGUUCAGCGACCCUACGACGUACCUGAGGAUGAGCGGUAUUCCUUCCAACAUGGAGUUCACAAGCUUUGGGUGUACUCCAGUGACAAGCCUCACGCUCCCACAAGCCACACCGCGCCUCGCACCGAGAUUCGCAUCCGCGGUUAUGAUUAUUCCUCCGGAGUGUGGCAAUUCGAAGGACACGGAUACGUGCCACGUGGGACAUCCGGCGUGUGCAUCAUGCAAGUCUUCGGGGCGAGCCCUCACGCCACAACCGCAGCGCUUGUAGUCUACAACGGCACGCUGUCUUACUACACAAGCACGGUCUUGCUCGAGAACAUCUACGACAGAUGGUUCAAGUUGAACGUGAUCCACCACGUGAACGCCUCCGCCGUGGAGAUCUACAUAGACGGACAGUUCAAGAUGGUGGCUCCUGGUCGUGGUGAGGCUUCACAUUACUUCAAAUGCGGGGUUUAUGCUCAACGUUAUCCUUCCAAUUGUAUGGAGUCGCGGUGGAAGGAAAUCAAGAUUCUUAAGAUAAGUGAUUGA